CAGUUUAUCUGCAUCAUUCAGAAUUUUCAUUUCAUUUCCAGGGCUCUAGGGUUUCCGAGUCAAAAGAACGAGUUGAGCCCUGGUAGCCGUUACGUUUUUCCUUUCAAUUACACACAUUGCCAUCGCAAACAGGGAACUAGCAUCUUUGCAAGAUACCUUUUCAAACAUGGUCUUUUGGGUAUUUGGUUAUGGUUCAUUGGUGUGGAACCCUGGAUUUGAUUAUGAUGAGAAGGUGAUUGGUUUCAUCAAGGACUACAAGCGAGUGUUUGAUCUUGCCUGCAUCGAUCACAGGGGAACACCUGAAAGACCUGCAAGAACUUGCACCUUGGAAUUCAGCGAAGGAUCUGUCUGUUGGGGCGCAGCCUUUUGUGUGCGAGGAUCUCCCGAUGAGGAAAGAAAGGCAAUGGAGUAUCUUGAGCGCAGGGAGUGUGAAUAUGAUCAGAAGACAUAUGUGGACUUUUAUAAGGAAGGGGAUGAUGACACAAGGGCUGCAGUUACAGGAGUCAUGGUUUUCACAUCCACACCUGAUAAAGAAUCAAACAAGUAUUACUUGGGCCCUGCUCCAUUGGAGGAAAUGGCUUGGCAAAUUGCUACAGCUCAUGGUCCUUGUGGCAAUAACAGAGACUAUAUCUUCUUAUUGGAGAAGGCCUUGUUCAAUAUUGGUCAUGAAGAUGACUUUGUGAUAAAGCUGGCGUCUGAAGUGAGGAAGGUCCUUGCUGCUUUGAAAGUGGGUUCUUCUUCUUCAAUGGAGAAGAACAUGACUAUGAGGAUGAGUGUGGACAGUAUUCCACUGUUACCACUUGUAGAAGCUAUUUCCAUGAACUCCUGAUAAUGGAAAAUACCAAGGAAUCAGCAGAAGAAGAGGCUAACUUUCAUUAUUUUUAAUAUUGGGAUCUUAUUGAUCUUCCAUUUAUCUGACUAGGAAGAGUAGGAGGGUAGAUGAAGGCAAGUAUGAUAAUUGUCUUAUUAUAAGCAAUUGUCAUAUCAUUGUUAUGCUUAUUUUUUGUAAUAGAGAGAGAUCUCUAUUUACUUAAAAGGUAUUCUAUCAAAAUGUUAUUCAGAAAGAUUUUGCUGUU